AUGUCAGCAUCAUCUUUGGUAAUUAAGAUUCAACAAUUUCAACGAAUAUUCAAUUUAUACGCCAGCAACACCAUUUUCGUUCUUGGAAUCUUCGGAAAUAUUGUCAACAUUCUCGUCUUCACCAGACUCAAACUCUUUCGUGGUAAUCGAUGUGCAUUCUAUCUCACUGUUGAGAGUAUAGUAAAUAUCUAUCUCAUCUGCCUUGUUGAAGUUCUCAUCCUCGUGUCAGACAUAGCUCAAAUUAAUCUCGCUAACACAUCGGUCAUAUGGUGUAAGCUGCAGACAACAUUAGGUCAGCCUGCUCGACUCUUCAUCGGCUCCAUUAUUUGUUUCGAAGCACUGGAUCAAUAUCUUUCUACACAUUACCGACUCCAUCUGCGCCAACUGUCCACUUUUGCACUUGCACAAAUUUCCAUCAUUGCAGUGAGCUUCGUAUGGAUACUUCAAAGUAUUCCAUAUAUCAUUUUCUAUGACAUUGUUCCCUCCUUUGGCUGCAUCAUCACUAAUCAGUCUUUGGUUUACUACUAUUCAUACGUUUAUUACAUCUUUCUCAAUGGCUUGUUACCUAUCUGCACUGCAUCUGUGUUCAGUUUGUUGGCUUAUCGAAAUGUUCGCCAUAUAAUUCGUCGUCAACUGGCAAUCGAAAGACGCCGACUCGAUCGUCAAAUGACAGCAAUGAUCUUCGCGCGAGUGAUAAUGUUUGUUGUUCUAUCACUUCCAUACACAAUCUUUCGAAUCUAUCUGUUGAAUCUGAACGGAUUGGUGAUAGGCACGAUUCACAAUGCAAUCAAUCAGUUGGUGACGGUAUUAGUGAAUGCACUUCUUUCGUGUAACUUUUCGCUGAGCUUCUAUGUAUUUGUGACAAUAUCAUCACGAUUUCGUCGGCAAGUGCGACAAUUAUUAUUAAGGCAAUGCUGGAGAUCAAUGAAGCGUUGUCUUCAUCUUGACUUAAAUUCUGUUCGACCUAUAGGCGUCAUAUCUGAUACAUCUGAUUGGCAAAGUCAGUAA